CGUAACUUUUCAUUUCCCUUUUCCACAGCUCGUCAUCGCUAACCCUCACUUUCCCCCCAUCUCCUCGACGCUCCAGCCAUCUCUCUGUUAGUGUCAUUUUUUUUUUUUUUUCUUUUCACAGUUUUGGUUCUUCUGAACGAUAUGGCGUCGCUUUGCAUGUUUUUAUCGAUGUCGGAUGAUUUACUGAUGCGAUAUGCGAGAGCUGGUUUCUCUUCUCCUCGUGUUGUAGGUAUAGUCGUUAUUAUGUUUUGAUCACGUCCGGCUCUCGUCGUCCAGGAGAUCUCGCCCCGCUCGUUGAUCAUUUGUCUACCGCGAUGUUAUCUCUGUCAUGCGCUUCCGGAAGAGUUUGCUCCCUGAUCCGUUUGCCCAUUUUCCCGCCGAUGUUAGUUUCUUGCAAUUUCUUUGCAUCAAAGUCUCGAAAAGAUCAGCUAGAGAUUUCAAAGAUUAACGAACUGGAGCGAGCGGAACUGGAGCAACUGAUUGAAAAGAUUAACGAACUGGAGCUACAGAUUGAAAAGAUUACAAAAAAAACUGGCUAUCCCAAAGAAUACUUUCCCAAAGCUGAAUACUCGAAACCCAAAGUUGAAGUUAAGUUUCCCCUGCUAUCGAAUUUGGAAAAUGGUGGCACUAGCGAACUUGAAAAAGUGGAAGACAACUGACUAGUAGAUUUGAUCGAGAAAUAUGAUUUUGUUUUGAGACUGCUUUAAUUACUCAUGACCGUGGAUGAGUAAUUUGGAAUGGUUGUUUUAGUAGGUUGUUAAGAAUUGUUUUCUUGUUACUUUGAUUUGCUGAGAAAUUUUAAUUUGCCUUUCCCUUGCAAAGGUUGCCACUUUUUCAAAAUA